CGGAGGGAGGGAAGAGAACGAGCGAGAGACAAGGGGUGAGAGAGCUGUGAGAGGCCGGUGGGCCGCAGGCGGCGGCGGGUAUCUCUUGUCCGGCGGGAGCUGCGCCGAAGACCCGCGCCGGGCUCCCCGCAGCCUCCGCGAGCCCCUCACCGACUCCGGGGCGCGCAGCCGGGCGGGGGUCUCCUCGGGGCCCUCGGGCGGGGCGAGGGGCCCGCGGCCGCGCUCCCGGCUCCUUCCUCUGCCGCGCGGCGCCGGCAGCGGCGGGGGAAGCGGGUAGCCGCGCCCGGGGCCGGGCUGGGCGGGGGCGGGGGCGGGCGGCGACCGGGCCGCCAUGGACGUCAAGGUGUUCGCCAAGGAGCUGGACCAGUGGGUCGAGCAGCUGAACGAGUGUAAGCAGCUCAACGAGAACCAAGUGCGGACGCUGUGCGAAAAGGCUAAGGAAAUCUUAACAAAGGAAUCUAAUGUGCAAGAGGUUCGUUGUCCUGUUACUGUCUGUGGAGAUGUGCAUGGUCAAUUCCAUGACCUUAUGGAACUCUUUAGAAUUGGUGGAAAAUCACCAGAUACAAACUAUCUGUUCAUGGGCGACUAUGUAGACAGAGGUUAUUAUUCAGUGGAGACUGUGACUCUUCUUGUGGCAUUAAAGGUGCGUUACCCAGAACGCAUUACAAUAUUGAGAGGAAACCACGAAAGCCGACAAAUUACCCAAGUAUAUGGCUUUUAUGACGAAUGUCUACGGAAGUAUGGAAAUGCCAAUGUUUGGAAAUAUUUCACAGAUCUAUUUGAUUAUCUUCCACUUACAGCUUUAGUAGAUGGACAGAUAUUCUGCCUCCACGGUGGUCUCUCUCCAUCCAUAGAUACACUGGAUCAUAUAAGAGCUCUGGACCGUUUACAAGAAGUUCCACAUGAGGGCCCAAUGUGUGAUCUGUUAUGGUCAGAUCCAGAUGAUCGUGGUGGGUGGGGCAUCUCACCACGUGGUGCUGGCUACACAUUUGGACAAGACAUUUCUGAAACAUUUAACCAUGCCAACGGUCUCACGCUGGUUUCUCGCGCCCACCAGCUUGUAAUGGAGGGAUACAAUUGGUGCCAUGACCGGAAUGUGGUCACCAUUUUCAGUGCGCCCAAUUACUGUUACCGCUGUGGGAACCAGGCUGCCAUCAUGGAAUUAGAUGACACUUUAAAAUAUUCCUUCCUUCAGUUUGACCCAGCACCUCGUCGCGGAGAGCCUCAUGUUACCCGGCGCACCCCAGACUACUUCCUGUAAAUUCAUCCUGGGAAGACCUGCCUUUGUAUGUGGAAGUAUACCUGGCUUUUUAAGAUAAUAUAUUUAAAAACAAACAAGCAACAGUAAUCUUAUGUGUUUCUGUAACAAAUUGACAUAUGUCUUGGCAUUAAACCAUAUCAUGGACCAAAAUGUGCCAUACUAAUAAUGAUGAGCAUUUAGCACAAUUUGAGACUGAAAUUAAGUACAACACUAUAUUCUAGGUGGGUUGGUCAGUCUUAACAGUUUGCCUGCUGUACUUGUAGUAGCUAUUUUCCUUUGGUCUGGUUCAAGCGAUCAAGGUAACUAACUCCUUCAUCUCCUUUUGCCCUCAUUCGGGAAUUUUAGUUUUAGUGUUUAAACGGCAUGGAUUAAUAGAGUUGGGGUUUUAUUUUUAAGAAAAAAAUCACAAGCUAACUUCCACUUAAUCCAUUACUCUAUUUUAUUGAAACAUACAAUUAACUGAAGAAAAGAUUCUUCUUGGGAGUAUGUUGUCAUAACACUUAAAGAGACUUCCUGUCACUUAGACAAAAUUAAUGUUUUAUGUUGACCUGCAUAUUUCUGUAUAUUUGUCAUGAUAGUGCUUGCAUCUUAUUUGGUGUACUGAACAAAUAAACUUUCCAUUUUAAACAAAAAA